AUGACGAGUAUGGGACCAUCGUUUGCAGGUCAUCCUGCCGGCAUGCAACAACAUCCAGGCGUCCCAGGCCAUCCCAUGGGCCCGGGUAUGCCUCACAACCCAAAUCAGCAAGGCCCGCCGGGUGGUGGAAUGCCUCACCAGAUGCACAUGGCGGUAUCAGGGCCUGGUGGUCAGGUCAAUCCAAACCAGUUGAUGGGCGGCAUGCCGCCGGGUGCUGGUGGUCCGAACGCUCACGCUUUGCAGCACCUCAACCCCCAGAACCCAAUGUUCCAGCAGAACCAGUUCGCCCAGAAUUUCAACAACCCGGCCGCGAUGGCGCAUGCCACCCAAAUGGCGCAGCAGAGGUUAUUCCAGCAGCAGCAGCAGGCUAGGCAGGCGCUCAUGGCUCAACAAGCCUUCAACGCGAACAUGGGUGUCAAUGGCAUGCCUAUGGGCAUGCCCAUGAACCCCCAGAUGGCGGCCCAGAUGGCGGCCAUGAGGCAGGGCAUGCGGCCACAGGCGCAUACUCCCCAGGCCCAGGCGAUGUUGGCACAGCAGAUCGCUCUCCAGCAGCAGGCUGUCGCGCAGCAGAACCAGCAGAUACAACAAGGCCAGCAGCCCGGUCAGCCAGUCCAGAUGAACCCUCAACACAUGCAGCUGCAGCAGGCGCAGAUGGCUGCCUCGAUGCAAGCGCAACAGCAAGCUCAGCAACAGCAGCAGCAGCAGGCCCAGCAGCAACAGCAACAACAGCAGCAGCAGCAGCAACAACAGCAGGCGCAGGCUCAGCAGCAGCAGCAACAGCAGCAGCAACAACAACAGGGUCAGCAACCUCCAGGCCAACCUCAGCAGCCGCAACCUCAGCCCCAGCAAACCCCUCAACAGACACCGCAGCAGCAGCCCGCGCAGCCUGUCAACCCGCAAUCUGCUGGUCAACCCACUCCCUCGCAAACACCAGGUCCACAACCGAAUCAACAGCCGCAGCCUCCCCAGACUCAGCCUCAACCGCAAGGCCCCCCUCAAAUGCAACCUCAGCCUGGACAACCUCAGGUGAACCCACAGCAGGCUGCUGCCGCUCAGGCCGCCAUGGCCAACAGCAUGGCUCUCGCGCAGCAGGCCCAGCAGCAAAGGAGGGAAGGAAUGAAGGGACAUUGCUUGCUGAAGCUCAUGCAGUUCAGCGAACACUUGAGCGGUUUUACUGGAUCUAAGGGCAAGGACGACCUCACGUACUGGAACAUGUUCGUGAACCAAUUCUUCUCCACCAAGGGUGUCUUCCGUCACUCUGUCCACAUCACCGACAUCGAAGAUCAAGCCGACAAGCAAUACGAAAUCACAUACCCCGCGCUCCCACGAUACUUCCACACGCACUUCGACAGUGGGGUCAAGAACAUGCAAUUGAUCAUGGAGAAGGGCACCACGGAUCGACCGCUGCCUGGGGAUGGCCACUGGAUUGAGAACACCAAGUCGAGUCUAGUUUACUGGUUCGAUAACGGCUCUCACCUUGUCGCAAACGGUACCGUCCGAGCUCAUUUCGACGCAGAGCAGAAGAUUGAACUCUUCGAGUUCUUGACAAGCAGCCACGAAGAAUACAUCUCCCGCAAGGCCGUCAUUGAGGCUGCGAAGCCCGUACAUAACUGGGUCAAGGAGUGGCACAAGGUGAACUCCCAAGACAGCAAAGCCUCUCCGGAGAUGAGCAAGAAGGGCAAGGCCAGGAUGAUGAAGUCCCCACAACAUCCCCCUCCCGACGCCCUAGUGGACCUGCCAGAAUCGGCUGUGAAGAGGGGCAUGGGCGUUACGGAAGCUGUCUUCCAAUUCCUCGAGAUUGCUGAAGUGAUCGGCCAAAUGAACCCUCUGUUCUCCUACUGCCAUGCUCACAACAACCUCGGCCCGUACGCCGCCCUCGAGCAGUACGUCAGCCAGAUCAACUCCGCGCCGCAAAAUAUGAACGGUCAGGCCAUGCCCGGCCAGGGCCCGCGGACACCCAGCUUUGGGCAAUUCCCAAUGGGCGCGAGCCCAGCCCAGCCGCAUAUGCAGCUUCCUGGGUCGCCUCAUGUCACCGGUAGCCCAGCUCCGGGCCACAUGCAGGCACCCGGCAUGCAGAUGCAGCAGAGCCAGCAGGGAACCAGCUCCAGCGGACCUAGUGCGAACACAUCUCCGGCUUCCAACAAGCGAAGACGUCCCUCUGGAGUAAAGAUGGAAGAAGAUGGUUCCUCCGCCCCUACACCCGGCGGCCCUCAGGUGAACGGUGUCCAGAACAAGGGCAAGCCGCCCACGCCGCGGAUGCAAAAGAGGCUGAAGGGUAACCCGGCGUAA